UGUGGAACAGACCUCUGAUGCUGGAGUCGAACCUCCACAUCCCUCCGUGACCGUCCUGCGCAGCGCAACGCGACCCUGGAUGUGUCUGAUGUCUCCUGCUUCAUGUCACAGGACCCCGUCUCUCGCGUGGAUUUAAAAGUUUUCCCCUUUAAUCAAUCUCCUGCGUCUGCACGGUGCGCGUGGACAUGGCGCAUAGGUAUGAAGAGCUGGCUCCGUACGGAGGCGCCAUGGACGGAGUGGGCAUCCCUCCCUCCAUGUACGGGGACCCCCACGCGCCGCGGCCCCUGCAGGUGCACCACCUGGGCCACGGGGCCCCCACGCAGCACUACGGGGCCCACGGGCCGCACGGGCCGCACGGCGUCAACGACGCGCUGAAGCGAGACAAGGACCAGAUCUACGGACACCCUUUAUUCCCCCUGCUCGCCCUGGUGUUUGAGAAGUGCGAGCUGGCCACCUGCACCCCCAGGGAGCCCGGCCUGGCCGGGGGGGACGUCUGCUCCUCGGACUCCUUCAACGAGGACAUCGCAGUGUUCGCCAAGCAGAUCCGCGUGGAGAAACCUCUGUUUUCAUCCAACCCGGAGCUGGAUAACCUGAUGAUCCAGGCCAUUCAGGUGCUCCGAUUUCAUCUUCUGGAGCUGGAGAAGGUCCACGAGCUGUGUGACAACUUCUGCCACCGCUACAUCAGCUGCCUGAAGGGGAAGAUGCCCAUCGACCUGGUCAUCGAGGACAGGGACCUCUGCAAGUCGGACUUCGACGACCUGUCAGGAUCCUCCACCAACCUGUCAGAGCUGAACCCGGCGUCCUGGAGAGACAUGGACGAGGCCCACUCCACGCCCUCGGUGGGCACGCCGGGACCGUCCAGCGGGGGACACAUCUCCCACGGGGGGGACAACUCCAGUGAUCUGGGAGACGGCCUGGACAACAGCCUGGCGUCUCCGGGGACGGGGGACGAGGACGAGCACGACAAGAAGAGGCAGAAGAAGCGAGGCAUCUUCCCCAAAGUGGCCACGAACAUCAUGAGAGCAUGGCUCUUCCAGCACCUCACGCACCCGUAUCCUUCAGAGGAACAGAAGAAGCAGCUGGCUCAGGACACGGGCCUCACCAUCCUUCAGGUCAACAACUGGUUUAUCAACGCACGACGGAGGAUUGUGCAGCCUAUGAUUGACCAGUCCAACAGAGCAGUGAGUCAGACAACAGCGUACAGUCCGGACGGCCAGCCAAUGGGAGGCUUCGUUCUUGACGGGCAGCAGCACAUGGGUCUCCGUCCUGGAGGACCCCUGGGGGGGAUGGGAGUGAACAUGGGAAUGGACGGGCAGUGGCACUACAUGUAACCCCCCCACUGAGGCGGGCUGCACCAUCAGCUCAGCAUCUCCACGGUCGGCUCAGGGAUCUCGCUCCUGCAGCGGAGCUGCUGCAGUCGCCGCCACCUGUCCUCCACCCUCCUGACCACGCCCACCUCACCGUUCCCAAGGCACGGAUCGCCAUGACAACAACUCACCAAAGCCCAGAGGCCAUCCUCAAAGUGUUGGAAGUGAACAAGGACUCAUGUCUGCUGGCAGGACUCAGAGCAGAGAAGAAGAAGAGUCACACGUCUCCCGGAUUUAAAUUAUGUACUUAUUUUUCUACACAAGACAACAAACCUUUCUUUUGUUGUUUCCCUCUUUUAUAACUCAGACUUGAGACCCUCCUUUAAACAUCCAGAUGUAUAAAGUUAAACCGUCACAUUCUCUGUAGGAAGAAGCACGUUAAGUGUGGAAUUAGUUUUUGAAAAAGAGAAGCUGGAGACGCCUUUAAUGUUGUUCUGUACAGAUCUGUGCUGUUUCUGUCGUCACGAGGCCCUUUAGCAGGGACUGCUCAGAGACUGGCGUCAUCUCAACAAAAAAGAGAGAAAAGACUGUCCUUGUGUGUCGUUCCGUCCUCGAGCAUGUUUCUCCUCCGUUCAGGUUCUGGCAGAAGGUUUUGUGGAACCAGGGACACCGAAGGAACGUGACCCGUUGGUGAACUGACACCCGGUUCCCGCCAUGUUUUCUAUCGUUUCAAAGCACCAGAACACGGAGGAAACUAACCAAACCAAAAUAAAGACUUGAACAGCAGAAGUUGAGUGUUUUCAUGGGAAAAUGUGCCGCUUCAACUGAACCGAGCUGAAACUGGCUCGUCUCCAACGGGGAAGCUGUAUUGUUGCAGGAUAAACUGAAAACUGAAAAAUAUAUUAGAGAAAAUAAAAAUCGGUUAACAUCUUGUUGGAAAAUAAGAAGCAUAGAGAGGGGGGGUUAACAUCUCCAGAGGUCUUGAGUUUGUCUCCUGGCAGCAGCUGGACUGAUGACAUCACAGGGUGCGUCAUCAGGUAGGCAACACGGACAGAAACUUCCAACCAGCAGUCCAACAUCGGGUGUGAAGAUGCUCCCUCACAAUAAAAUGUCCGGGAUGUAAUUUACC